AUGUGGGUUGAAGCCGAGGAAUAUGUCUCAGUAACUCAUAACACUGUGAUACAAUUUCUAGAGCGACAUAUCUUUCACCGAUUUGGUUUACCAGAAACAAUCGUUGCCGAUAAUGGACCUGUGUUUCGAGCAAAUAAAGUAUUACAACUCGGCAUUGAUAUGCAAGUGAAAAUGGUUACCUCAACACCCUAUUAUGCUCAAGGGAAUGGCCAAGCAGAAGCUUCAAAUAAAGUUGUGAUUGAAAUUAUUGAGAAGAUGAUAAAAGACAAGCCGAGGCGAACAAUUCCUUAUCGGCUUACAUUUGGCCACGACGCUGUGUUGCCGAUUGAGUUAAAUGUAAAAUCGGAAAAAGUAGCUUUACAACACAAUGUUAUACCUGCCGAUUACAACGAAGCUAUGCUGGCCGAGUUAGAAGAUUUAGAUGAAGUCCAAAAACUUGCUUUAGAUCACCUUAUGGUUCAUAAAGCAAAAGUAAUGAGGGCUUACAACAAAAGAGUGAAGUUCAAGUUAUUUGCAGAUAGUGAUAUGGUUUGGCAAACAAUUCUUCCACCUGGGAAGGUGGAUAGAGAUUAUGGCAAGUGGUCACCUACUUGGAAGGGUCCCUAUUUGGUUAAUCAAGUAUUGCAUGGAGGCGCUUAUAGGUUAAAAGAUCUAAAUGGUGAAAUCCAUGAUAGGCCAAUAAAUGGAAGAUACCUUAAAAAAUAUAAGCCAAUUAUUUUUGAGCUCAUGGAAGAAAAGAAAAUUCCACAUUUGAGCCUGGAGUGCUUUGAACUUGGGGGCAACAACUUCUGCUUCUUUCUUUAG